GAAAAACUAAAAUAAAACGUUAGAAAAACGGGAAAUUUACGAAAAUAAUUCCAUUGUUGUUUUUCAAUAUUAUUAUUUGCUGUAAUUCAGUUAAAAAUAUUUGUUAUAAAUCAGUUAUAAAUAUUUUAAUAUAUUUCUAAACGAGGUAAAAUUUUCAAAUAAUUUAAGCCAAUUUUGAGGUAUUUCGGUAGGUACUCUGUAGUAAAAUCGUUAGACUUAAACAGAAAUUCUUCAAAAUUUAACUGGAGGUCUAUUAAGAGUCUUACUAUGUGGUAAAAAAAAAAUUGAGUUUAAUAAAGUAUUUUUUUUUAUAAGGGAAUUUUAAUAUCAAAUUAGGUAUUAUGUAGAAUCCGUUCCAUUAAUUCGUUGUUCACGAAUGAGGCUAUUUUGAUGGAUAAGUGUAAACCAGCUUUUAGUAAUUUCACAUUGCAUAGAACCUAAUAAUAUAUUUUUAGGACUUUUACAAUUAUUGGAAUGUUUCUUUUAUUUUUUUUUUUUUUUUGAAUUUUAAGGCCUAAAUCAGCUUGGGGGCCGAUGUGCAAUGCACACCUAGCACACCCGGUAAUUGCGGCACUGCAUGCCUCCUAUUAAUUAAAAAAUGAGAUCAAUUAUUUUCAAUGUUAGGUAUGAUAAAUUUGCACAUUUUAUAUUUUAUUUUUACAAUUUCGUCUUCGUUUUAUUACCCUCUACGCAGUACCUAAAUUCGUCCCUAGGGAGGAAUUUUCCACCCGUUGAGAAACACUAGGUUAGGUGAAUAGGUACAUUCUAUAGCAGUGGAUAUACUUUAAAACGCUCAUGAAAAGACUAUGCAAUUAUUCUCAAUUUGACACUACCAACAAGUAUACAACUAGAUGAAAUAUGAUGAAAAUCAUUUAGUACAAUAACAAUAGUAAGUGGUACUGAAUUUAUUAUUAUUAAAUACUUAUACUGUAAAUUUUUUUAAUAAAAAAGGAACAUUAAUUAUAUAUAUUGGUUUAAAAAGUUGCAACCUAUCCAAUUCUAAUUUUAGAAUUAAAUAGACUUAAUAAUUAUCUAAGAAAUUAAUUACCGUAGAAUAUUUAAUGCAUUUUAACUUUAAAAUGUAAUUGAUUUUUGGUUACUUAAUAUUAUUAAAGUAAAAUACACUAAUUGUAUUGAUAAAGUAUGUAAACUAAUUGUGUAAUUUUUAUUGGGCCUUGACUUUCUGACUUUUAACUACGUGGAAAUGAUGACGUUAAUUUGUUUGUGUUUCGUUUUUUUUGUUUUUGUUUUGUGUAUACAAAUAAUCUCAGACAAAUAUGAUUGAAUGUUUGCCAACAUAACAUUAUAACAAUAUUUCUAUACAAUACGUACUAACCCCCAACAUUAAAUUUAGGUACUUUAUUCGGUAUACGUAGAUCGAAAAAUGUCGACGAAUUUAAAUAUUUUAGGAUUUGCUUUAAUUAACUUACAUGCAAAAAUGUCAACAGUAUCGAUUUUCCGAAUUUUUGUCAACAAACAUUUAAUACCUAAAAAGCACUUCUGCCAUAAGUACAAGGUAUUUAAUGUUUAUUUAAGAUAGAGAAAAUAAUAAGUAAUAACUAAUAUUAUAUUUUACUAAUUAAAUUGUACAAUAUUGGUUUAUUUGUUAAACAUUUUUUUUUUCGUUUUUACACAUUUACGAGUAAGUACCUAUCUAUUAGAGAUAAACAUGUCAAAUAGCAUAUCACAUAUUAUAGGUAAGUAUAAAUGAUAUAAUGUGCGCGUAAACUGUAGUCUUAUUAUUUAUAAAUAGACGAAUGACAUACCGACAUAUUUUUCUUCUUCUCCUUCGCCUUCAUCCCAACUAUUCCGAGUCUGCCACCCCCGUUCUAAACUGAAAUAAACUAAAUGACAUAGCUACAUAUUAAAUUAAUAUAUUAUUCAUUGAUAUUACAUAUGUAUUUUAAUAACAUCCAAAUAGUAAUUUUAAGCAUCUACUUAUAGUUUAUUCUAUCUCACUCACUGCACCUAUCUAAAUAUAGAGACGGAAGCUAUUUUUUUCUUCCUCGAUAAUACGGAUUCAGAUCUAUCCGUGCUUGAUAACAAAUACCAUUCUUAGUAGUUGGGAAAUGUGAAAGUUAAUACGUCGUAUACCCGCAUUUACUGUCUCAGUCCAACUACCGGGUAACAUGUAAAAACAAUGCUUACGCAGUAUAAGUAAAACUAGUUAAGUUUUGAUUUUAGAGUAAAAGUGUCCAUUAUGAAAUUUAUAGAGACAAAUAAAUUGGAGGGAAUGACAUAGGAUUUUUGUAUUAUUAAAAAUAUACAGCUCGAUAUAAAAGAUAGAAAAACCUUUAUUUUUCUUUUUUAAUAGUUCAUAAUUAAAAAAAAAACCUAUGGUAUUCCCUCCUAAGCAGACAUUUUCUAAGCAUCAAUUUCAUUUUCAGCAUAAAUCAUGAUGUAACUAGGCAUGGUCGUUCUGGUAUCCGCAGGAAGGAGCAAUGUAGGGUAUUUUUACCACCCUUGGUUUUUUUUUUUAACCACAAUGUAGUAAAGAAUGAUAAGUACAAUUAAAAAUGUCCUUGUAGCUUGUCCUAGGUACCUGCAGUAUUUAAUUUAGAAUUUAAUAAUUAAAUCGGUUUUUAUUUAGAUGCAUAAUUUUAAUAAUUUUAUCUAAUGGUAAGUAUUAUUUUAUUAACUUCUACAGCUCGAUAAACACAAAUACCUACCUAUGUUAAAAACUAUAUAUCAUAGAUAUAAUAGAUUUAAUUAUAUAUAAUUAUUAAUUGUAAUAGCUACACGAUUACUAUUUACACCGUACGAAUACAAUAUUUCAUAUAGAAAAUAACCAAAUCAAACCACUUACUAGUAAUCAACAAGUUUCUGUAUCACACGCGGAUAUUUGGUUUCAUUUUUGGGGGGGGCUUAACAUUUUUGUCUUAUUCAUUAGCGGAAACAAAUAUUUUUAGUCGCUUCCGACGCUUCCACCUUACUAACUGUAGUGGCAACUCCUACUUGAUUCUAGCUGAUGCACGUAUACGGUCCAAAAACGUAAUCGACACUAAUACUGUGGCGGUCUGCAGCUUGCGUAUUUAUAAUUUUACAAGUAUCGCAAACAAGUUCUAGAAUAUCCGAAAUUAUCAAUAUAUACCUACAAAAUAUGAUUUUCCCAACAACAGAGCAAGAUUUCUGGUUGAAAAGUUGUUUACGAAUAGAAAAAAAAAAACCACUCUUAUAUCAUAGUAAGCAAACCCCAAUAGAUCCCUUCGGUCAGAAUCUAAAACAAUCAAUUAUCAGUCAUUAUAUAGAUAAUAGCAAAUAGGUACUAGACGUCUAUAGGUACCUAAACGACAAAUGUCACUGGUAUAUUAAAACCCGUGACGGUAAAUAAUAAUUACAAUAUUAACCUUCAUUGAUAAAUACUAUUAAUUACUACUAGUAUUUAUAACAAUUGUACCUUCUACCUACUUGAAAUAAAUAUAGACAAAACGAAAUAAAAUCACUCUGUAGACAUGUAAUAUGGAUAACGUAACGAAUAAUAAGUAGUAACUACUAAGAAUAGGUAGCAUAGAUAAUAAAUAGUAUGUACCACUUGUUUUUUUCUUAUUGUUCAGAUUAAUUUAAUAUGUUCGUUGUUCUACAACAAAUGUACCUCGCUCUUCUUUGACUGUAAUGUUACAUGUAACAUCGUAAUCAAAUUUAUUAUCUGUUAGACUAUUAUCUAAACAUUUCAAUAUUAUCUGUUGACUGUUAUGACUUACGAGAUUAUAUUCUGAAGUGUAAAAGUUUCGUCGCAUUAUUUCUACAAAUAUUUUUAAAUAAAAAUAUCCAUUCGAUUUGAAUUGAACGUUCACUACUAACCGAUUGGAUGUACCUAUAUAGAUAAUUUUACUUCGUCGAAUAUUGUCUAAACAUUUUUUUUCAUAUUCAUAAUACCAAUCAUGUCUUUUUGUAUCGAAGAAACGUCCAAAAAAUCUGUUGGGAUUAUUGGUUGCGGAGCAUCAGGUUUGGCUGCUCUUAAAAAUUUUGCUACUGAAGAUUCGCAAUUCAAAUGUGUAGCAUUUGAACAAACUGAAACUAUCGGAGGUACGUGGGUAUAUACGGAUGAUAUAGAUAUAGACCAGUAUGGUUUACCAGUUCACUCUAGUAUGUACAAAAGCCUAAGGUAUGCUUGAAUAAAAAUAUUAUUGUAUUGAUACUAUUUUGUAUAUUAUGUUAACUUGUAUAAUUAGGACAAAUUUACCAAAAGAAAUUAUGGAACUAAGUGGAUUUCCCCAUAAAGAUGUUGGUGAUGCUUGUUACUUUCCUGCUGCUUAUAUACGAAAGUAUCUGAAUGAUUUUACUGAUCACUUUAAUUUAAGGCAAUGUAUUAAGGUACGUAAGCUAAAUAAUAUCAAAAAAUAAUUAUAUAAACUAUUAUACUUAGCUACAUUUAUUUUUGUGUUUACAUUUUAUCAAUUUAUAGUUUUGUCAUCAUGUAGAAAAAGUAAGCCCUAUCAACAAUAAUCAAUGGGAAGUUAAUGUUAUCAAUUUAAAACAAAACAAGAAAGAAACUCACAUCUUUGAUGCUUUGGUAGUAUGUGUUGGGUAAGUGUUAUAAAUAAAACAUACAAACCAAUUAUUACAAACCAUUAUUACAAUUAUUCUUUAAUCAUGGGUAUCUAUUUGUAUCAAAGCCAGAAAAAAAUUCAGUGGGAGGGCGCACUAAUAAUUAUUAUAUUCCUUACUAAUUUUCAGAAAGAUAAAAUACACAAAUAUAAUGAAUAAAACAAAAAAAUGAUGGUGUCAUGUGCCUCACCUUAAUUAUGGCAUUAGUGUCUGAUAUUGAGUACUAGAUAAGUUAUAUUUCCAUAAAAAACCACUUCUUAAUUAUAGUUAGGUAAGUAGUCUAGUGGAUAGGGCAUAAAGUUUAGUAGGUCAGAUUAGGUUAGGGUUGUAGGUUAAAUAACUGGCAGAGUAUUCUGAAACAGUAGAGUUUUUUUUCUCGUAUUUUCGGAUAUUUGCACAAUACAUUAACUGACUACUAUGCAAUUGUACAACUGACAAAUACCCAAAUAGGGCAUAGUAAAAUACUGAACCAUAAAACACUGUUUGAACUGAUAAUUAAACCCACACUCAGAGUGUAUGGUGCUUCCCAUGUAAAAUUCAAUAAUUAAAAUUACAAAAAACAUUACAUGGAUGGUUAUGUAACCAUAGGUUAAACAAACAGUUCAUCAAUGAGUUUACCCAUUCUAUAUACAAAAAAUGGUAUUCGGGCAAUUGAAGACAUAGGUGCAACAAUAUUAUAUUCCUAUGAAAAAAAUUCCUUCGAUUGGUGCAACGGUCGGACAAAUCCGAUUGUUAGAUACGGAAAUUAUAUACAAAUGGAGAUAUCUGUUUUACUUUUUGUUACAACAACAAAACUUCUCCGAAGAUAGUAAUUUUGGUAAUUUGGUAAUUUGAAGAUGUUUGAUUGUUGUGCCCACGUCUUCAAUUUCAGAAACAUUAGUAUUCAUUUAUUUAAAUAAAUUGAUGCUAAUAUUUUUAUGAGAUAAUUUACUAAAAUAUGUUUAUUUUCUAGUAAUUAUAGCAAUCCUGCCAUUCCAGAUAUUACGGGAUCAGACAUAUUUCAUGGGAAAAUUAUGCAUAGUCAUAGCUAUAGAGAUGCAGAUCCUUUUAAAGACAAAUCAGUGUUGGUUAUAGGCUGUGGUGCAUCCGGUUUAGAUAUAUCAUUUGGUACAUCAAAAGUAGCAAAAAAGGUAUAUUUUAUUAAUAUUCACAAAUUUAAAACAGAAUGAAACUUAUAAUAUUAUUUUAAAAAUAACUUAGGUUUUCCUUAGUCAUCAUAAUCCCAAAUUAUUGAAGUUAAAAAUUCCUUCAAAUUAUUUCCAUAAGACAGACAUUAAAGAAAUUGUUGAAGAUGGUGUAAUAUUUAAAGAUGGCUCAUAUGAACAGGUUGACACAAUAAUAUAUUGCACAGGUAGAUUUAAAUAUUUUUUAUUAUUCUAUAUUUUUGAAUAAGGUUUUUUUUUUUUUAGGUUAUACUUAUAAGUAUCCAUUUUUAAGUAGUGAAUGUGGUAUAACUGUUGAAAAUAAUGUAAUUAAAAAUCUUUUUAAACACAUGAUUAAUAUAGAAUAUCCAACAAUGGGAUUUAUUGGUGUACCUCGAAAUACAACAGGAUUUUACUUAUUUGAUUUGCAGGUAGUAUGAUUAUAAUAUUUAUAUUUUAUUUUUAUUUUUAUCAAUUUACAUAACACAAAAUUUUUAGUCGAGAAUUUUUAAAAAGAUUCUGGAAGGUCGUGUUAAAAUGCCUAGCAAAGAAGAAAUGUUAGAAGACAGUCAUAAGGAAAUAGAGGCUCGACUAGCUAGUGGGCAAAGACUAAAAGAUCUCCAUGCGCUAGGCAGAACAAAAUGGGCUAUGGAAUAUUAUACUUCUGUUACAAAAUUUGCUAAUGUAGAACAUCCACCACCAGUGUUGUUACAAAUUUAUUUUGAUGGUCUUGAAAGACUUUCAGAAGAUUUUCUGAAUUUCAGAGGUGACAAGUAUCAAAUUAUUGAUAGAGAACAUUACAAAGUGCAAUAUUAUGAUAAAAAUGAACCCAUUACUAAAAAGCAAAUUUUGUAUGCUUUGUAAUUUUUUAAAUAGUUACAAAUUUAAAUUAUUAAAUUAUUAAUAGGUAUGAGAGUUUAUAAUUAUUGUUAAUUAUCCUUGUUAUUGUAAAAUAUAUAAUAAAAUAAUAAUUUGUAUCUGAUUUAAACAGAGAUAUUUAAUUUUGAUUGUGUAUUAAUAUAUUUAUUUUUUUCUAUUAAAAAAAAAUAACUUGUAAUAAAUCAUAAUUCACUUUUAUAGUUAUACAAAAUUUUAAAAUUGUUAUAAGAUAAUUCUAAUUCUAUUACUUACUUGGCAAAUUAUAAUAUUAUUCAUUUAUAUUUCAUACAAGGUAGAUAUUAGUGAAUGAAGAAAGGUAAAACUUAAACACUGUACAAUAUUAUACAGGUAAAAAUAAAUACCCUCACCUAGAAAAAUGCUUGAUACAGACUUCUAGUAAAAUAUAUAUUUUUAGUUACGAAUGUGCA